AAUGAUUUGGCCUACUGGUUAAGAUUAUAAAGGAGAAUUUUUAUUAGAUAAAUUAGAUGGAUAAGGAUAAAUGACUUAUCCAGAUGGAAGGGUAUUUAUAAGGUAUUGGAGAUCAAGCAGAUAAAAUGGCGAUGGUGCAAUCUAUAAAAAGGGUAAACUUUAUAAAUAAGGAGUUUGGAAUAUGGGUAAUAUGAUAAAAGAGAUUAAAUUAUGA